GCCUCAAGUUGUUCACAACUCGCACAAAUGGAAGGAGUUGCAUGAACUGGCCUUGCCUCUGCUAAGCAGAGGCAUAGAAACACGAUGCCGAAGCCCAUUGCUGCCACGGUUGAUGAGCUGGAUGCGGCGAAGACCGAGCUCAAGGCGCUGAUUGCCAAGCUCCACAAAGGCAAGGCCGACAAGGAAGAGGUUCAGCCACCUGCCACGCGAGUUCAGAACAAUGUAGACGACUUGACUGCAGUUGUCGAGGAAAAUGCCAAAGUCGGCGUGGAGGCGGUCACCAGAGCUCGGCAAGAGGCGAAGGAACACAGCGAAGCCUUGACCCAGGACUUGCGCAGCGAGGUUCUGGGUGUUUUGGGUGAAGAAGAAGCAGCGCGGCAGUCCGGGCAAAGUCAGUUGGAGGCGCAGAUUCAACAGCUCGAUGUGGACGUGCGCAAAGCAUUCGCUGACGAGCUGACGUCUUUGUGCGUGAAGAUCGAGGAGGAGUUCGCAGCUGUGCGCCAGGACCUCGGUGAGCUCAUCGAGCGAAAGGCCCAGGAGGCAGCUGAUCAUACCAACCGACUACAGAGCGAGGUAUCCACCGCCCUUGCUGACUCCGAGCAAAAGGCGCUGGAGCGGGACCAGGCCAUGCGCGCCCACGUGGCCGAGCGCCUGCAGGCCGCCAAGGAGUCCCAGGACCAGGUGCAGCGGGAGCUGAACGCCACCGCUGAGGAGGACCGGAAGAACACCCAGGCUGCCGUGACACGUUUGCACGAGCUGCUGGAGGAGAGUCGCAGCACAGCCACCAGUCACAUCCACGCGACGCAAGAAGAGGCGGCUCAAGCCCUGCUGGAGUUCAAGGAGGAAUCCCACACCAAGCUCGCGGAAGUGGACCAGCGCGCAGAUCGACACCAGGACUUUCUGCAGAUGCUGGAUCAGGUACUAGCGCGACGAGUGGAGUGGGUUCUGCAGAAGGCAUCCAGCCUGUCGCCCUCGAGUGACAAGCCGACAACGCCUGGCUCGCCCACGCAUCAGAGCUACUUCUCGCCCAAGUUCUGUGCUGCAGGCUGCCGCGACAUGCAGCUUGAGUUGCGCGUGGGGCGAUCAAUAGCCUCGGAGAUGAGCCUCUUCUUGUGGUGCCCGAAGCACACUCAGCUGGCCGUGCGCUUCUUCGCUGGGGAGAAGUGGGUCACGGCCGAGAAGGCCCAGCACGUGGAGGGCCCCAUGGCUGCCAAGCGCCUGGGUGUCCUGCAGGACCACAUCCUUGAAGACACGCUGCGGGUGGGCCUCGAAAUUCUGGAAGCUAUCCAAGAAGUGGGGAUCGAGAAUGAGGACAGUGUAGAGGCUCCCGACACAGCACCGUACGCCAGCAGCUCGCUGGUGUUCCAUCGCCAUAUUAAUCACCGCGUGCUGUCGCAGGUGAGGAAGGAGGUGGACAAGAUGCAGUGCAAGAUGGUGAAGCGGGUAGAAUGGCUGCUGACUGAAGCCGAUCAGCUGGAGCGCCAGUUCCCCCACGAGCAGCCCAUCUGCAGCCCCGUCUUCUCGGCGGGCGGCGUGGAUGGCAUGCAGUUCAUUUUCUACCCCAUGGGAUAUCGAGACUCCACGGAGGGCUUCUGCUCCCUCUUCUUGUACUGCCCCGCCGGCGUCCACAUCAAGUGCAACCUCAAUGCUGGCUCUCAAAAGCGGGACGCCAGCAACCACUUCAAGGAAGCGGGCGCCUUCGGCCGCUGCAACUUCUGCCGACUCGACAGCGCCAUCGACUCGGACACAAAUACUGCCCUGCUAUGGCUCGAGAUCGAGGAGGUCAUUCAGGAGAGCAAGCGGUCAAUGGACGAUGAGAGGAGGAAAGGGAAGAGGACCGCAACCUUGGAGCUGGAAAGCGCAGCCCCGGGCCCUGCCGGCAGCGUCAAGCUGAUGCGGAUCGCCAACACUGACUACCUCACCGAGGUCAGAAGACUGCCUUCCAUGUGGACAGAUCAAAAGUUGGGAGACUUUGUCAAGAAGCCGGAGGGCUACCGAAACUUCAAGGAGUUGGUCGGAAGGGCAAAGGUCGGUGCCACGCCAGGCAAGCCGGCAGAGACAGCUUCCGCCGCCUUUGGCACUGCGAGAGGUGCUCAGAGCACGGCGCCCUCAGCUCGCCAGCCGGAGCCGGCCCGGGCCGAGUCCAUGCCAGCCUUGCGCUCUGAGCGUGUGGAACUCAUCGCCCCAGGUCCGGAAUCACUGCCACUGCUUUGCGGUCCACAGGGUGAGUUCGGAGCCGACCAGGGCUAUGGCUCCCCGCUGCUCUGGGCCGGGAAGAGUCGCAAGGCCCGGGGUUCUGCGAGCUUUCGGCAACGGUUCUGAGGGCGCGGGAGCGAUUCGAUGGGCUGCGAUGGGUGCUUCCUGAAAUUGGGCUCCCCCCCCCUUCCCCCAUUUUUGUGGUGCGCGUU